GUCGACCACCACGCGCGUGUAACAUUUGAAGCACACGUUCUUGCAAUUUUCCCAUUCGAUAGAUCAUUCGGAUUCGGUUUCUAUGAGUUGUCUGUGGCGAUGUCUCUGGCGGAGGAAAAUAUAGCAAAGCGAAAUUUUACCAACAAGAUUAAAUUCUACUUUCGAUUUGCCGAUUCUGAAUGCAACGAAAAGGACGCUGCCAUGGCGUUCAUCACUCAUUACUUUGCUCAGCAGGUCAGCGUUGUCAUUGGUCCGUUUUGCGACUACAGCCUUUCGUCCGUCGGCAGUUACGCACCGUACUGGAACAUACCUGUCGUCUCCCCUGGGGGGUUCAGUCACGAGUACGAUAAAAGAGGUGAGGAUUUCAAUACCUUGACCCGGGUGGGGGGCACGCUCGAAACGAUGUCGGGCUUGUUGUUCACUUUCAUGCACCGGUCCAACUGGACGAAGUUCGUGAUCAUCUACGAGCCC